AUGACAACCACUACAGAAUUUCCUAUCGUCGAACUGUCAGACAUCGCCCGCAACAUGCAGAAUCACACAAGGUUGAAAGAGUUCAUCGCUUUCCUUGUCCGAGAGGGCAUCAUCUAUUUCUUUUUCGACAGUGCAGAAGAAGGCUAUGCUAUGGCAGAUCUAUUUAACAAUGAGUAG